AUGGCCAAGCAGCGUGCAAGAGCAAAGAGAGACAUCCCAAAAGUGACUGUGGUGAAGAGCGAGGAUGGAUGGAUUCUGGCAGAGAAGGAAGAAGUGUUAAGGAGAUGGAGAGAAUAUUUUGAACACCUGUUGAAUGUAGAGAACGAAUGGGAAGAGCUAACAGAACUACCAGCAGUGGAAGUAAACCUGCAGGAGGUGUCAGUCGUCCUCAAGAAGAUGAAGAAGAACAAGUCAGCAGGCACAUUGGAGGUAGUGGUAGAGAUGUUGGAUGCCUUGGGGAGUGAAGAAUGUGGGAACCACCGUGGUAUCAAGCUCUUGGAACACCUCUUGAAAAUUGAGGAAAAGAUUCUUGACCAGAAGAUCCGAGAAGUGGUGGAUAUAGGGAACAUGCAGUUUGGUUUUAUACCGAGGAGAAGCACGACUGAUGCUGUACUUAUACUCAGGCAGCUCCAAGAGAAGCAUCUGGAAGGCGACAAGAACCUAUACCAUGCCUUUAUUGACUUGGAAAAGGUAUAUGAUAGGGUGCCCAGAGAAAAGUACAUGAUGUUUAAUGGAGUGAAAGUACCAAUGAAGUACUCAGAGGCUUCAUCACGAGAAGUGCGUGUGAUCCAGGGAACUAUUGCUGCAGAGAGCAGAGGACAAUAA